CCGGCGGCCUGAGUGGGGUCAGGCUCUUCUCUUUCCGACCGUAGCGAUCGCCCUCUGGGCCCUGGAGUGGUGGUGAUGCCGACACGACCAGCAACUGUCCUCUCUUCACUGUCUCUUCCAUUUCAUUUAUGAUCCUCCAACACCGAUGGUGUCAGACUCGACUGCGCCCGCGCCAACCACCGCCCUUCCCACCAUGACCUUCUCCCCCAUCGAGCCGCGAAAGGACGCCAUUUUGCUCCUGCGCAGGGACUCGUCUUCCUCGCGCAGCAGUUCACACACGAACUCUGCCACGCCCACUCACAGCAGUCCCAAGGCCGGCUCGAAUGCUCGGAUCACGAACCGUGACAGCGCCCCUCUGACGCCUAUGCCGAAUAGCCUACCGAACGGCCUCCUACAGCCUGUCGAUGAGGAGCCCAACACGCCCAGUUCCACAAUAGUCGAAUUCGGCGACCUGGCGCGAGGCAACGUUCCGUCAGCGGCGCAGCUUGUUGAGAGUAUCCACCGGUCUUUCCACCAGUCCCAGGUUGGCCACUCCCACUCGGAAUCUCGCUCCAACAGCAAGCCGCGUCCCGCGCACGAUAGCCGCGAGUCCCGAGAGGGACGAGAGGCUCGGGAGCAAAGCAGGAACAGGGGUGUGCAAAGUUCCGUCGCGACCAGAGAGAGAUCGCAAUCCGCCCACCGCAGAUCUGCCACCACAAGGGACGCAAAGGCCUCGGUCAAUGACAACAAGGGCCUCGCAGACGAGCGUAUCAACAGGUUCCUUCAAUCGAUGGCGCAACAGGCGGUCGAGAGCGAACUCGUGCAGGAGAAUCGGAGCCUCUAUCAGCGGAUUGCCGCUCUGCAGCUGACCGAACGCGAGCUUCUGGCUGAGAACCAGGAUCUUACACGCAAGCUCGCGACACUGAAACAACACCACGACCGCCGAGCGCGCCAAUGGAAUGAAGGUAUCCGGCGCAAGGAGAUCGAGUACGAGGCUCGGAUGCGCGAGUUGGGCGAGCUGGUAUUGGACCUGGUGAGCAAGCAUCCACAGAAGCUUCCCAACAUCCUGUCCAACGAGGAGAUCACUGCGUGGUUCGACGACCAAGAUACCGCGUGGAACCGCUGGGCCAGGACUUUCGGUCAUCAGGACGCCAAUAGGCUCAGUAGCGGUCUUCAUCCUCUCCAACUGCAAGAGCUCUGCGAGGACGUGAAGGGAUUCGUGCGGAUGACAGACUCGGGCGGCCUCCCUCCCGAGAUCCUCAAUGGCGGCAAAGAGGCUUUGCACACUCUGCUCAACGGCAUGUUAGCCAACUUCAUCUGCGAGGAGAUCGUGGCGUCACCCAUGUGGGUGUUCGCUGCCACGUCCAUGGGCACGCUGGAGAGCCCGGGCAUCAUGCCGCCUCGGCCUCUCCCCGCUCUGCCCGGCGUGGGUUUUCGCAUGGACACCAACUCUUUCAGCGAGGUAGCGCCGCUCCGGCCAGGGCCCUGUCCAACGCCCAAGAGCCCGCAGUUCCCACCUCCUCUGAUCACGUCCUUGCUGCCGCCUUCCGGGAACAGCGCGUCCUUGCUUGGCCUACCCGUAAAGUCGGACAUGGAAAGGCUGGUUCACAUGCUUGCAGAUGCCCAGGACGAAGAAUCGAGGGUGGCAGCACACCAUUGGCGCGCUCAGAUGAUGAGGCUGUUUGCGGACGGCGGCUUUAGUCUGAAAGAUGCAGCAGCUGCCGGCCGGAACGAGUCUCGCCGGACGUUCGUGGAUUCACGACUCAACUUCGCGAGGAAGUUGAAAGAACGCUUCCUUGGCGGGUCCGCAAGAUUCCUGCUCCAGGACCAAGAUGCAAACGGCAUCGAAAAACUCGAGUGCACGCUGACAGACAUGAUUGAUGAGGCCUUGAGGUUCUCGUGCCGCCUGUGGACCCGCGUGGCGCCUCUGCAUCUGCAUGGCUGGAAAGAUCUGGGAAGCAAAGAGGUUAAAGCGGCGACCCCACUGGUGACCUUAUGCCAUGCCCAGGCCGAGGUUGAAGCUCGCAAUCACCACGCAGGGGCCUCGAAAGACAAGCCCUCAGGGUCUGCCGAGAACAGCGAAGACCAGCCGAUAGUCAUGGUUGUGCAGCCGGCAGUGGUGACAGAGAGCGUUAACCUCCCAGGGGCCAAGGCUGGAUCCAGCACCGACGGAGUUGCCUUGGUCUGGUUGAGAGCUCGGGUUAUGCUGGCCGGCCCCCUGUCCUCGCAUCUGUCUGAGUCCACCACUGCCGGCGUCGGUUCUCAGCCCUCGUCUCAGCCGGAUGCCGAGCCGAGUCACUCCACCUCGAGCGCUGCGGCAAGUGCGACAGGCUCGUCCUCGAAGCCUCCGACGCCCCAGGCGUUGGAGGUGCUGCCGCCAUCCACAUUCAAGGCAACAGCGGACGCCCCAGCAUGAAGCUGAGCCGCAGAACGAAUGGCAUUAAUUUGGGCAGUGAUGUGGUAGGCAGGUACACUGCCUAUACGGGUCGCUUUUGGUUCUGGGCGCUGGAAGAAUUUGGGGGCUCACUGUCUUCGUGACUGAUGAUGUAACCGAGGGAUAAGCGUUUACAUUCUUGU